GGAAAAGGAAGAAUGCCACGUGGCAGAAUCCUGGCCCACCCAAUUCAUUGAAAAUUCACUACCCAAAAUUUCCAAAUGGAAAUAACCUACCCAACAGCUCAAUAGACGGAUUGCCCAUGGUUAUUACUUUGGUUUAUGGAUCCCCACUCCCUUAUAUUUCCUCCCCCCCACUCAGACAUGGCCGACUUUCUUCCCCAACUUCUUCUUCAUGGUCAGCGACGAAUAUACUCCGGCGACCUCAUUGUAAUGCUCCUCGGAAUUGGUCAUCGUCAUUAUCAAAAUGGGUCUUCUUUCAAACAGUGUUAAUCGACCGGCUUUCCGCGCCCCUGCCAGUGCCAUCCCUUAUCCAAUUCCCCGUUUCUUCCUUAUCCUUGCCGCUGUUUCUCUUUGUCUCCUCCUUUUCUUUGAGGUAAAUGUUUUUCUCAUGUUUAUCCCUUCUUUCUUUUUUUUUAACCUUUUCUUUUGGUUUGUUUUUUCUUAGAGCAAUUUUGAUUAUUGGGGUGUGAAGAAAGAACCAUGUAUUUGUUUCGAAGAAAAAAAAUCCGGGCUUUGAUUACUCAAGUGAUUCACCGUCUUUCUUUUUUGUGCGUUUUCUUGUGUAUUGAUUAUUAUGUAUGCGUGUUCAAUCAUUGCAAACAGGUGGAUAGUUUUGUGGGAAGUGUUGUUUCGAGAACCAAAACAAUCAUCGGCCACAAUUUGGAACCAACGCCUUGGCAUCCUUUCCCACCGAGGACUUUGGAUUCAGAAUCCAAGUACUCUACUUUUUCGAGAAUCUUCAAAUGUUCUUACCUAUCUUGCGGCCGCAGUUCUCCCUACGAAUUAACCCAACAGAGAUCCGAUGAUUAUAUACGAAGAUCUAAGAAUGAGACUUGUCCUGAAGUCUUUAAAUUUAUACACCGGGAUCUGGAGCCGUGGGCUAAGUCUAAGGUCACUUUGGCCCACCUAAUGGAGGCUCAGAACUUUGCAGCUUUCAGGGUUACCAUAAUUGAGGGUAAAUUGUACGUGGAAUUGUAUUAUGACUGUGUACAGAGUCGGCAAAUGUUCACCAUUUGGAGUAUCUUGCAGCUCCUUAGGAGGUAUCCUGGGAAGGUCCCGGAUGUGGAUUUGAUGUUUGAUUGUAUGGAUAAGCCUAUGGUUGAUCGUGCUAAUUUUACUUCAAUGCCGUUACCUUUGUUUCGGUAUUGUACCACCUCAGAGCACUUUGACAUUCCGUUUCCCGAUUGGUCUUUCUGGGGUUGGCCAGAAAUUCAGAUACAGCCAUGGGGGGAAGAAUUUAGAAGCAUUAAACAGGGUUCGAUGUCGAAACUUUGGUCUCAGAAAUGGCCUUUUGCUUACUGGAAAGGAAACCCUGAUGUUGCUUCCCCUAUUCGAGAAAUGUUGUUGCAAUGCAAUGACACUGCAAAAUGGAAGGCUCAAAUACUUCGACAGGACUGGGGAGCAGCUGCAAGAGCCGGCUUUAAGGAUUCCAAAUUAUCUAGUCAGUGUAAUCAUCAAUACAAGAUCUAUGCAGAAGGGUAUGCCUGGUCUGUCAGCUUGAAAUACAUUCUGUCUUGCGGUUCAGUUCCUCUCAUAGUUUCUCCUAAAUACCAAGACUUCUUCAGUCGCGGUCUCACUCCUAAGAAAAACUUUCUGCCCGUCUCUCCAACCGAGCUAUGCCGUUCUAUAAAGAUGUCUGUUGAGUGGGGCCAUGCGCAUCCCUCUGAGGCUGAAGCAAUUGGAAAAGCAGCACAAGAUUACAUGGGAAGUUUGCGUAUGGAUAGGGUCUAUGAUUAUAUGUUCCAUCUCUUGUCGGAGUACUCAAAACUGCAAGAUUUUAAACCUGUUAGACCACCUACUGCUACUGAAACAUGUGUUGAAUCAGUGCUGUGCUAUGCUGAUGAAAAUCAGCGACGGUUUCUUGAGAAGUCGCUCGCAUUUCCUUCGACGUCGCCUCCAUGCUCGCUUCAGCCUUGAAUUUUAGAAUUUUUGUUGGCAGUAGAUAGGAAACCACAUAUAGCAUUACACAGGGAUAAGUCUUUUAGAAUAGAAGUGCACGAUAUGUAUGUGCAAAAAGAUGAUUUCAUAUUGAAAUCUUUUUGCUGAUUAUGAAAAGUUUACCGCAUCAGAGACAAAAUGAUGUAACUAAGGGAGAAACACUUGCAAUGUUGAAGUGUGUGAAAACUGGAAACUUGAUGUGGAUACUUGACCAGAUGACUCAAGUGCUCUUUGCUUCAUUGACAUUUCUCUACCUUUCCCUUAUCUCAUGAUCAAGUUGUAGCUUCAUUCCUGAAUAGUGGCUCUUUUAUACUGGGUUCGUCCUAAAAUAAGAGUUUUUCAAAUGUUCUACUAACAUAGAUAUGGACAAACAGAAAUCGUAUUUUGGGGAAGAGGGAGUAACUGGAGUGAUUUUGUGCUUUCCAACUCGGCAGAAGAUUUUCAGCCUUGGGAAAAAGCAAAGAAAUAUAGGAAAAUAGAACAGGUUGCAAUUCAGACAGACAGAUCUCUAUCUCAAAAAUCUUAAUAGUUGAAAGGUUGGAAAUCAUCCUAGGCAAGAUGACAAAAGAAGGUUUUGCAACUUUCACACAAAGUAAAGCCAAAGAAAGCAACGUCAGUGGCAAAUUCCAAUGGACUUGAACUAAAGAGAGAUUUGG